AUGGUUUCCUGGCUCGCCGCCGUUCUGACGACGCUCGCCCCUGGCCUUGCCCUCGCCUCCGACUACCACGAGCAGCUGAUCCUGCGGCCGCUGCCGCUCUCCCAGCUCCUCGCGAGCUUCAACUUCAAAUCAAACACGUCCAUUGCCGACUUCGAGGCCCGCCAUUUCCGGCUGUUCCCCCGGUCGCUCGGCCAGAUCCUCGAGUACGCCGGCACCCGCGAGCUGCACCUGCGCUUCACGCUGGGCCGCUGGGACGCCGAGACCUGGGGCGCGCGGCCGUGGGAUGGCGCCAAGGAAGGGGCCUCCGGCGUCGAACUGUGGGCCUGGAUGGACGCCGAGACGGACAGGAAGGCCGACGACAGCUGGCUGACGCUGACAAACGCCUUGUCGGGCCUGUUCUGCGCCAGCCUCAACUUCAUCGACGAGACGAGGACGAUUCGGCCGGCUCUGUCGUUCCAGCCCGAAGGCCAUCAUUCGCCUGCCGCGCUGGCCAAGACGAGAUUGCUCCACGGGGUGCUGCCGCACGAAGUGGUGUGCACGGAGAACCUCACGCCGUUCUUGAAGUUGCUGCCGUGCCACGGCAAGGCCGGUAUCGCGAGCCUGCUGGACGGACACAAGCUAUUCGACUCGUCGUUUCAGAGCAUGGCCAUUGACGUCAAGCCUCUUUGCGACGAUGACGACGGCGGCGGUAACUGCGUGCUGCAGAUGGAGCAAACGAUUGACAUGGUCAUGGAUAUCGAGCGGUCCAAGCGGCCCAGAGACAACCCCAUUCCGCGGCCGCCACCGGCCAGCGAGCUCGUCUGCGACGAAUCCAAGCCCUACCACGACGAAAAUCACUGUUUCCCCGCCGACCACCUGAACGGCCAAGACUGGACCCUGGCGCAAAUAUUUGGCCGCCCCAUGAAGGGAACUUGCCCCCUCGCCAACUCCGACCAUCCUCCCGUCUGUCUCGAAGUCCCCAACUCCCGCAUAGUGUACGCAUCCGAAGGGUCCACGGAAAUCAAGCACGGCAACGGCGAAUCGCGGUGCUACACCUUCCCGGAGGAGACCGAAUUCGCCCUCAUGCUUCCCAAAUCCGAAGCCAAGACGGCUUCCGAAGCGUCAAGAGAGCUGGUCGAGCCCGCGCAGCCGCUGCUGUACGCCGAAAGGAGCUUCACUGGCCACGGCCAAGAACACGGCGGCGUGCAGGCCAUCCUGACGAACCCCAACCCUCACGACGUGGAAUUCGUCUACCUCGAGUCCCUCCCCUGGUUCAUGCGCGUCUACCUGCACACCCUGGCGACCCGCAUCUCCGCCGCCGCCGCUCCGCACCACAACGCCUCGUCGCUCAUAAAGAAGGUCCACUACCGCCCGGCCCUCGACCGCACCCGCGGGACCCAGCUCGAGCUCCAGAUGCGAAUCCCCGCCCGGUGCACCGUCUUCCUCACCUACGACUUUGAAAAGGCCAUCCUCCGCUACACCGAGUACCCGCCCGACGCGAACCGUGGCUUCGACGUCGCCGCGGCCAUCAUUCGCACUCUCGAGCCGCGCGUCAUGAACCUCCGAACCACGAAUCUGCUCCUGUACCUGCCAACGCCCGACUUUAGCAUGCCCUACAAUGUGAUUAUUUUCACAUCCACUGCCAUCGCGCUGGCCUUUGGGGGCUUAUUCAAUAUCCUGGUCCGGCGAAUAGUCGGUGUGGACGAGGGUGCAGGCGCCAUGUCCAAGUGGAAGCUGAGGAACUUGCUCAAGAGGUUGACGGCAAGUUGA